AUGCUGAAGGAGUCCAAUACCUUUGGAAUGACGAUUGAUAAACAUACUAUAUUCGAAACAUCUAAUCCCCUAACAGAAUCUGUUAAACAUUUACCAGGGAUUACUUAUGAAAGUCGAGUACUUGGUCAUUUUCAAAAUCCUGAGUUGUUUCAUUCACCUGCCUCACUACCUAAACUGACUCCAUCCCCAGACGUUAAGAAUAGAUCUCAUUUAUCCAGUAUAAACAAUAAACCAUUGGUUCUGAAUAUUUCUAAUCCCAGAUUUCCACCAAUAAGUUCAUCCAAAUCGACGACCACCAAUGAUUUUAGCGGAUUAUGGCCGCCAAGUAUCUCACUGUCCAACCGUAUUAUCAACAAAAAUAAUGAUGGUUCACUGAUAUUACAAAAUAAUAGUUUCAUUCCCAAAGCACUAUCUGACCAACAAGAUUUUCGCAUUCCAACUAGCAUAAUCAAUGAUCAAAUAGUUGUUCAAAACCCCUCAUCGAUCUGUCUUGCGGCAAAUAAUAUUUCUGUAACCAUUUCCCCUGCCUUACCAAACCUCAUAACUUCGUCUGCAUUUUGUUGUCCAACACGUUUCAUUCCAGAAAGUGUAAAAACAACUAUAUCAAAUCGAACAUUCUGUUUUGUCAGUUCGAGGAAUGUGGCAAAACUACCGAGUGUGUGCGUUCAUUCAACAUUAAUAAAUCAAGAAAUUCACUCUAGUGUUGCAGCUCCAGAUGUAAGUUACUGUGGUGCAAUACCUUAUCCUCGUUCCCAACCACCCAGAAAAUCGGGGGAUGUUUCACAAGUUCCCGUCAGUACACUAUCUUCUUUUGUCAACGAAACCAAUCAUUUAGAAGAAUCCUGUCUUGAUAUAGCUAAUCUAAAAAAUGCUCCUGAUAAGUCGAUCCAGCAGCAUGAGCUAUCUCCACCUAAAAAUUUAUUCCAUUGUGAUUACUGUACUUUUACGUCUUCGAAUUCCGAUCGUCUUUUUCGACAUAUAAAUUCACGGCAUUUAUUAUCGCUUGAGCAUGAUAAGGUAAAACCUUCAUGCCUUCAAGUUCAUCCGACAUCUUUAUCUGAUAUUUCGAAUCAAAUUAUUAUCACAUCUGAUUAUUCUUCGUCAUCGUCAUCUUCGUUUUCGAUUACUAAUUCCACUUCGUCGUUACCGGUUACUGAUUCUCUUUCUUCAAACGUAUUUGAAACAACAGUAUCUAAUACUCCUUCGACUUUUACAACUCACGAUAAUAAUAACUAUAGGUCUUGUAAUCUACUUCCAUCCCAAUCGUUCCCAAAUAUACCGGUUACAGUUUGUAUAAAUAAAUCUACUUGUAAAAAUUCUUCACACAAUACUCUAUCAAAGUCGUCAAGUCGUCGAAAACAAAGUUUUCCAUUCAAGAUGCCGUCUGGUUCAGACCUAAUCCAAUUGCCUGUUGUUUAUUCAAAUAAUCGUUUUUGUGAUUUGCCACUUCAGAGCGUUGAAUUAUCAGUGAAUAAUAAAGGAAGUACACUUCUAAAUGAAUCUUCGGGUUCAUCCUAUGCGUCUGGUAGUACAUUAGAUGAUACCAGUGAUGAAAAAGAUUCAGUAUUUUUAGGAUUUACUCAUAUGGGAUCAUCACGGAAAAGGCUACAUUCUCCGGAGGGUUCAGAAACAAGUUUAUUCCACUCAUCGAGUCAACAAAAAAAUAGACAUCGAAAGAAUCGUAUUACAAGUAAUCGCCAUAAUGUCACGUCAUUAGUUGAUCGUGGAAAGUCAAUCAAUUUUUCAUCCUACAUGACAAUUUCAAAGCAAGAAACCAAAAGAUAUUUUACUAGUAAAGAGUCUACUCUUCUACCAGUAAACUCCUCUUUUCCACUACGUGAUAUAUCAGUUACAUUGGAACGUUUAAAUGAUAUUCCGGAAUACAGUCAUACUGAUUCAGAUUCAUCUAUUAUAAAUAUAAGUUCCACCUCAUCCGAAUAUUCUUACCAAGAUACCCAACGUUUGACACCAGAUAAAAUUGAAAACCCUGAAUUAGAAAAACAAAGAAUGAAAGAUGGGUUUUCUCUUUCUUAUGAUAAUUUCAAAAGUGGCGAACAAGGUACUCUGUCACAUAAACAUAACGAAUUAAAUGAAGACUCUGAGCAAAUUAAGAAACAUCCAUACUUAAAUGAGCUUCCAGUCGCCGUAGAUUCUAAUCAAAUUGAGAUGCUUAAAAUGUCCAAUAAUCGUCGCAGACCAUCUGGUGCGAAAAAAUACUCUAAACAGCUUGAAAUUCCUGACGAGUUUUUAACUUUGCAGUCUCGAAGUGAAAUGGAAGCUGAUGAACUUCAAGUGGAUAUUUUGACAGGAGAAAUAUUUGUCAAGAACAUACCUUUGCGGUCUCUAGUUACAGGUUUGAAGCGUCCACGAUUUUACCAGUUAGAACUGGAUUAUAAAAAAUAUUUACCUCGAGGUGGUCGUAGUCAACCUUUUAGAAAUUCCAAAGGUCAGCAUCCUUUUUCAAAUAAUUCAAAAAAUGUACACAAAGUUAACAGUGUAAUUACAACAGCUAACAAACGAUCAAACAAGGAAAAAAAGUAA